CCUUCGCGUCGAGCUGGGAUGGCAAUUGAGAAUGACCGCACGUUGCUGGAACUGCGGACAAGAGGACGCGACAUUUGGCUGAGAGGCGACAUGAUGACGGUAUAGUAUAGAUUGAUGGGUAUCUCUUCGCACUGAUGCAAAGCACAGGUGUGGUUGGAAUGAGUGACCGUUGCGGUAGAAUCGAAAUGUGAGUUCUAAGCCGUCUAUUUGAGCAGUAAUAGCGUUAUACAAUGGGAUGAACGAGCCAUGAACAAUUGGGUGACUGGUCGAUUAUAUACAACGACUAGAUUGUCCCGUGAACGUCAUGUGACUGGGAUGCCCUCUCAAUCCGGCGAUGCUGAAACCAAAGUUCUCAUUAAUGCAGCAACUCAGCUUCCCAUUUUCAGGCGAACCAAAUUGUUUGCCCUGAGACCAAUCUUCCAUCUCCCCUCCAACAACGGACCAGUGUCGUCCGCCACCGCCACGAUCGACGAAUCCCCGGAUCGGCAUCAUUCUCAUCCCCCGGCCGUGACGGCCCCGCGCCAGACAAGUGAUGGUCAUUGCUUUGCAUCAUUGGACAGGAAGAGAAAGGCCCGGCGACGCAAGGGAUGGACUCACACUUCCUUCCCUUCCUAUUGCCCUUCCACAAUUUACUACCGCCACUGGCGGGAUUGGGUGGUGCUCUGUUUACCAACCAUGUGGUAUGAUAUCAUCUGCGGGGAUGGACAUGCCAAUCUUUGCGAAGACGGACCUAUGGUUGAGCUGUGUCACUCCUGCGCUGCUGCAACUCUGCCAGGACACCUCUGCUCCGGCCAAUGACAGUCCACAUUGCCACGACAAAUGAUUGCCGGUCGCUGGCAGGCAUUUCCCGCUGCACCAGAACAGCCAGCUUGGACCAAUGUUCUAGCCGGUGGCACGGAAGGUAUACGAAGGUAGUAUGCGAAUCUGCAACAUCCUCGCUAU